AUGGAAUGUCAAGCUCGAGGUCGGCCUAAACCUUACAUAACAUGGUUUCGCCGAAUUAACAGUGGAGAUAAUCAAACAAAAUCAGAAAGUCAACUAUUAACAAAUAACACAAAUGGUCAACUUCAUCUAUUCAAUAUAAGUCGCUCCCAAAUCGGCCAUUACGAAUGUCGAGCAUCGAAUGGUGUCAAUGGUCAUGUUGUUAGCAAAGAUAUUGAAUUACGCGUUCUUUGCAAAAUAAUGACAUCCUGGUUCGUUAUUUUAAAUCUUACUCUUCUAUUAUCAUCAUCAUUUUUACAAGCUCGUUUUCGAACGUAUUCAAAACGACGAUAUGUACCGUCGAAUAAACCUUUUUAUCAGCCGAUUUCAUCUGAUGACAAUUCUGAUCCUAUGGUCAACGAUGAUUCUUUGAUAGAAUCAGCAACAGGAAAAGUAACAAAAAACUUAAAAAAUCAAGCAAGUGAACAACAGAUUGAACAAUUUGCACGGCUUCUAUUCGAUCGUUUAAAUUUAAAAGAACCACCCAACGUAACCGUAGAAAUCAAUCUUGAAGCAGAUAGUCCACCACCAUUUGUUAAACAACUUGAACAAGAAUAUCUAAAAACUAAAGAACAACAAGAACAAAGCCGUGAUGAAAGUCAAGCAGUAACUGAACGUGCUGUUUUGCCUGGUGCGCGUAUUUCAUCAUACACAUGCCAACGUCAAAUAUCAGCUCAGCUCAAUAUAAAGCAUGACAAUUUAAAGAAUAUCGAUUGCUUCAAGUUUUCAAAAUCCCCACUCGAAUCAGCAAGUUUACCAACAAAUCAAAUUGCGCAACAAUUACGUUUUUAUAUUAAAAAGAAUUUCUUUGUUCUCAAUGAACAACAAGAAGACCUUUUAGCACCAGAUAUGUUUCAAAUCUAUCAAGUAUUUCGGCCAACAUCAAAUGAUACAUCGAUAAAACCAUCACCCAGCUUGAAGGAUACAAUGCGUCUACCGAUAAGCCAAAUAAAAGAGUUAAAUGACAAUUGGCUUGAAUUAACGAUUGAUCCAAAUAAUGAAAAACUCACUAUUGAACAAAUCUAUCAACAAUUCAUAACGCCGUGGUAUGGCCUUGCAAUCAAUCAUCAACUAAAAGCAUCGUGGCCACCGUCUUAUCGUAGUUAUCCUUCAGAGAAUCGUUUUGAGCGUUCAAACGACGAUGAAGACAACAGUGAAGAGUCAAAAGAACAACAAUUACUAUAUAUGCUGGUUGAAUAUAGUAGUAAAUUACGUUCGCCAUCUACUGGCCAUCGUUCGAUACGGAGCAACAGUAAACCUCGUCCAGCAAAACCUUGUGAUCCAAAAAGUCCAUGUUGCCGACGUUCGCUUAUAAUUGAUCUCGAUCAAGGUAACAAUGUAUUGGAUUUUGUUAUUCAUCCAAGACAAUUUGAUAUUGGUGAAUGUGUCGGUUCGUGUGAUACGAGCGGUUCAUCACUUCAAUAUACUCAAGCUAAAAAUGACCAACAGAAAAAUAAACCGCAUGCAGCAUACAGUCUUGUUUUUCUUCAUCGUCAUGGUCGAAACAAUAAUAGUUUAACUGCGACACGAAACCACAGAGCUGACAGAGAAUCAUCUCGUUGUUGUUCAUUUUCACGCACAGGUGGCCUUGAAUUGACGUACACAACGACAAAUGAUGGACCUAUUAUUAAAAAAUACAUACCCAAUAUGAUUGUUGAAAUUCCACCUUUGAUUCAAGCUCCAUCGGCAAUUCUUCAAAGUAGUCUUGGAAAAUCAAUACAAUUGCGUUGUUCGGCUGUUGCUCCAUUCGAUACGAAAAUCUAUUGGCAUCGAAUCGAUAAUAAUACAACGAUAAAAUUUCGACAACAGCAACAGCAACAAACGGCUGGUGAUGUUAUACAAACAGUUUUAUAUUUAAAAGAGAUCGAUAAAACAGACUUUGGACUCUAUAAUUGUAUUGCAGAUUCAAAGGCUGGUCAAAGUCAUGCAACUAUUCAAUUACGAGAAUACCGACGCUCAACAAACUCCAAAGUCAUAGAAAAUAAUGACUUAUCAACAUCACGUAUGCCAAUGCUUAAACGAAAUAAAAUUUCCGAUCAAAUAACAAUGUCUAUAGAAACUAGCCAAGCUUCGUCAUGUUUUUCGCUAUUGUAUUUGUCAUUUACUAUGAUUCAAAUCAUUUUGUAUAAUCUCACGUAG